AUGUCUCCGACUCAGCGCCGCACGAUCGGCACUGCCCUCCCAAUCUCUCGAGGGAUCUGGGCAAGGCUGCGCUCGGCCUCCGAGGCGGCGUGGAAGCUCCGUUCGCCGCUCCGGCUCCGCUAUUCGUACGCAAUACUGCGCGACUGGUCGCCCACGCCACUUCUUUCGUGGUUACGACUACUAUGGCCAAUCCCCUGGCAUUUUUCUACUCGCCUGCCCGAAAACCCGCGUUACUUGCAGCAAAAUCCAGAGCUGGUUGCCCAUCGUAACGACAGGGUUUACGACAUGACGUUGAUGCCGAUGUGGCGGGGGCGUGACAGUCCCCAGCGGUCUUUCUACCGCAUGUACGAAAACUUUUGCGCCGAGCAAGGUGUUCUCCUUGGCUACGAGACCGAAUAUUUCUGGAAACACGCCGAACCGGCCUGGGCUCUUCGCCUGCUGCCCAAACCCCGGGCUUGUGGCCAUCCGGACCUGCAGCGAGAUGCCGUUAUGGCUUCGUUUCUGGAAGAUGUCGUGAAUGCUUUCAACUGGCGCCUGGAAUUAGGCCUGCGCCGAGGGGCACCCUUGGUAGAGCGUGCUGACGACGGGACUCCUGCGCCUUUCGUUCCUGAAAGGUGCCCUGACUGGGUGGCCCAGGUAGGCCCGCUGCCCGAAACGCUACUGCUCCAUGAGGACUGGGACAUGCUGAUCCCUGGCGAUGACGCUGGAGCCUCGGUACACCUAGAACCAUAUCGCAAGCGAAACAUUGUGGCUGGUGACACCGAGUCUGGCAUCAACGGCUAUCUGAGGACGGGUUGA